AUUACCCACCGGUGCCUGGUGAUUGCCGAGGAUCACAGACAGGGAGGAGGGCUGCUUUGUUUACCAACAGUCAUCUUCCCUGUCAGUUCGGCACACUGCCCUGGAUGGCUGAGUAGAGCCAUCAAGAGCAGUGUGCUUUACAGUGAAGCACACGUAAAAACACUCCGAGCACACAGUUAACCCUUUGAUCAUCCCUCAUUGUUAACCCCUUUCUGCCCAGUGCCAUUAGUACAGUGUCAGUGCUUUUUUUAAAUUGAUCACUGUAUUGGUGUCACUGGGGAUGUCAGUGACACCAAGUCAGUUCCCCCUAGUGUCAGAAUGUCCACCGCAGUCCUGCUAUAAGUCGCUGAUCGCCGCCAUUAUUAGUAAUAAUAAA